AUGCAGUAUGACACAAGGACAAACAAAAAAGAUUUGAAAUUCUGGUCUCGCUCCUCCUUGCCUUCCCCUUCCUUUUCCCCCCCCUCCUUCCCCCUUCCUUCCCCCCCUCCUCCUUGCCUUCCCCCCCUCCUCCUUGCCUUCCCCCCCUCCUCCUUGCCUUCCCCCCUCCUCCCCCCUCCUCCUUGCCUUCCCCCUUUUCCCCCCCCCUCCCUUGCCCCUUUCCCCCCUCCUCCUCCUUGCCUUCCCCUUCCUCCCCCCCUUCCUUGCCUUCCCCUCCUCCUUGCCUUCCCCCCUCCUUGCCUUUCCCCCUUCCUUGCCUUCCCCUUCCUUUCCCCCUCCUCCUUCCCCCCCCUUCUUCCCCCUUUUUCCUUUCUAUCUUUUUUUUUCCUUUCUACACGAAUUCAAGUUAAUGGCGAGACUGUGGCCAACAGAAAGAACAUCAUCCAAGGCCAAAAGGACUGGCAGUUAUCCCCCACAGGACUGGACCAAGUGCACUUGGUGGCUGGACGUCUGCAGAAUGAAAAGUUUACUCACGUCUUUGCAAGUGACCUGAACCGUGCUGCUGAAACCGCUAAAGUUAUUGUGGAGAACAAUAAAAGUUGUGAACGAACGAUUAUUGUACAUGACAAACGCCUUCGGGAGAGGCCACAGAAAAUAUUAUUUUCAUUCUCUUCCUCUCGCUCUCUGCGUCUCCUCUUCCUCUCGCUCUCUGCGUCUCCUCUUCCUCUCGCUCUCUGCGUCUCCUCUUCCUCUCGCUCUCUGCGUCUCCUCUUCCUCUCGCUCUCUGCGUCUCCUCUUCCUCUCCUCUCUCGUCUCCUCUUCCUCCCGCUCUCUCGUCUCCUCUUCCCCUCCCGCCUCCUCUUCCUCUCCUCUUCCUCUCGCUCUCUCUCUCUCCUCUUCUCUCGCUCUCUCUCCUCCUCUUCCUCCCGCUCUCUCGUCUCCUCUUCUUCCUCUCUCUCUGCGUCUCCUCUUCCUCUCGCUCUCUCGUCUCCCCUCUUCCUCUCGCUCUCUGCGUCUCCUCUUCCUCUCGCUCUCUCGUCUCCCUCUUCCUCUACGCUCUCUGCGUCUCCUCUUCCUCUCUCUCUCUGCAUCUCCUCUUCCUCUACGCUCUCUCGUCUCCUCUUCCCUACGUCUCUCUCGUCUCCUCUUCCUCCUAGCUCUCUCGUCUCCUCUUCCCUCUCGCUCUCGUCUCCUCUUCUCUACGCUCUCUCGUCUCCUCUUCCUCUCGCUCUCUCGUCUCCUCUUCCCUCGCUCUCUGCGUCUCCUCUUCCUCUCGCUCUCUGCGUCUCCUCUUCCUCUCGCUCUCUGCGUCUCCUCUUCCUCUCGCUCUCUGCGUCUCCUCUUCCUCUCGCUCUCUCUCUCUCCUUUAAAUUUGGCAUUGUGGAAGGCAAGAACUAUCGAGAAUUGGUGUCUGCAGCAAAGAAGACAAAUACGUCAGUUGCCAACUAUACUCCAACUGGAGCAGAAACUCUACAACAGAUUCAAGAACGAGCAAAAUCUUUCUUCCGAGAUUUGUGUGAGCAAGUCCGAAAAAGUUGCCGUGUAGAAGAUGGCACUUACACCCCGGCUCCAAUCAAACGACGUUAUGAGGAUGCCAUUGAUGGGUGUAUGCAUGAGCAGGACCUCCACCCUGCCAGUGCAGACACACUGGACGGCCUGAGCCCCAGUCAGACCCAGGCAGCCUCCAGCAUACCCGACGACGAUGGUGAGCAUAAGAGACGCAGACACGCCCGCAGCACUAUUCAAAAGCUGGACAAUAACGGUGUCGUUAACAACAGAGUCAGCAGCCCAAGUCCGAACCUGAAGGAAUGCCCUGCGUCGACCGCUGACAGUAAAAUCUGUGCAAGAAGCGACAAGGACUCGGACAACCAACCCUGUGCCAGUGGCCCAGUCGAAUCUGGCAUUGCGUCAACUGCUAAGAUAGCAGCAGGUGGUGCUUUGAAUGGCGAGUGCUGUAAUGGAACAUCUGGCAGUGUCAGUGCCAAUGGAGGAGGAACACAUCAUGCAAGCUCUUCUGUCAGAAGUGGUUCUGCUGCUGCAGCGGCAGUCGCUGCACCUUCACUAUCAGUCGAUGUACCAACGCAUCCUGUGCAGCAAGCUGCAUCUGCAGUGUCACGAAACUCUCUGUUGGAGAAUAGUCACCCUACUACAACUACUCAGUGUAACGGAGCUACAAAUGGAAGCGCCCAUACAAACACAAAUGGAAACGGUGCUACAGCCACUAACGGUAAUGUAGCCAGUGGAACCAGUAAUGGGAAUAUGAAACGAUCCAACUCUUCAAGUAGUUCUGGCUUUUCCAGUCUCCAAGAAGAAAAUGAGUUGCUCGAUUCCGAUGACAACAGCAUUGCAACCCUGGAGGACGAUUAUAACAACAACGAUGAUGACGAUGAUGAUGACGACGAUGAUGAUGAUGAUGACGACGAUGAUUUUUGUAGCAAAGAUUCCGACUCUUGCUACGAUUCUCCUUUUACUGUUCCGGUUUCUGAUGCUGACGUGCGUGGUAAUAUUCCCUGCCCAAAGUCCACCAAGUAUGGUUGCCCAAACGUGUCGUUGUCUCCGUUACUUGAACAUCGACACUCCAAUUUCUCAAGUAUGAGCUCUGGCCGAAGCAGCAGCUUUGAUGAUGGCGACAGCAGCCAUCAGAGUGUGGCAGAUGUGCUGGUUGUUAGUCAUGGCGGUUUCCUCAAAGAACUGAUUCGACUGUUCAUCGAUGAACUCGAGUGUAAGUUCCCUGGCGGAAAGAGCCACGCCCUGCGGCUGUCUCCGAAUACAGGCGUCUCCAAGUUCACAAUCACAGUUGGUGAGCCAAACAAAAUCUUGGUGACAUGUUUGCUCAUCCACGACAAGGACCAUUUACUCAGUGCCGGCCUGAACGGUAUGCCCCCAGUUAAUCUGCUGAGUACCCUCCCCACACCAACUGGGCACUCGGCUGUCGGCAAACGAUCCCCUCCAACUAGUACCUCCCCAAACGUCCUGCCUCCUCUUACUACUCCCUACGUUCCUGGUUCAAAUCUUGGCCUGAGUUUGUUGUCGUCACCAGUGAAAUCAUCUGCAAAGACAAAACCACCACCGAUUCUUUCUCCUCCUCCUCCUCCUCCACCAUCUGCAUCACCUUCGUCUUUGUUGCUGUCAUCUACAAGAGAGAGCUCGAGGGGCAAUGUCGUAAAUUCACCCAUGUGA